AUGAAGCUCUCAAUCAUCACCACUGUCGUCGCCGCCGCCUCCGUCGCCCAGGCCGCUAUCAACUGGACGCUCGAGAAGGCCGCGAACCCUACAGACGACCAGUUAGAUGCAUACGCCAAAAUCGAAGAGGCCAUGACGCUCGCGGCGGCAAGACACGCCAGGCUGGGAACCGCCGAAAAGACGAUCAGCGUCACCUACACGCCCGGCGUGCCCACGGCCGAGGCCAACACCGGCGGCACCCUCCGCUUCGGGACCAGCCGCGACUUCAUGACCGAGCGGACGGCGCUGCACGAAAUCUCGCACACGCUCGGCGUCGGCCUGACGGACGGCUUCAAAUCCAAAUGCGCCUCUGGCGACUGGCCAACGGCCGUGCCCCUCCUUCGCUCAUGGGACGGCGAGGAUGCGGUCAUCAAUUGCGGUGGACAACACUUUUGGCCAUAUGGACUCAACUACGACAACGAAUGGAGCGAAGAGGCCGCAGAUCGCCACGUCCUGUUAAUCAAUGCCAUGCUCGCCGACGGCAUGGCAGCGUAA